AUGCGUCGCUCUGGCCCGAAAUCGCUUGAAGGGGUGCCGACACGGUGCACCAACAUCCGGAAGGUGGUGGCAGCAAUGGCACCACCGCAUCGAACGCCGCUGCUGGUUGUAGCCUGCGCGGCUUUGCUUGCUGCCUAUGUCCUAUCCGAAGCUUUUGCUGUGACUACCUCGCCUAAGGCUCUCUCUCCUCCACGGCUUUCUGCACAGGCGGUUGGCGCAGGACUGCCAGCCCAGCAUUCUUCUGAAGGUUAUGGCGCUGUUGGUGGGGCCAUGUGCGGUGCAGUAGCGGCUUUGCUAGCGGCCGGUGGUCUCGCAGUCCGCAGCCAACGCAAGAGCCGGUCGGUUCAGUGCAAUGCAUUCUCGAGCAGCAGCAGUGGCUUCAUGGGAACGCCCUGUGCAUCUUCUUACGUUUGGAACCACCAGGCAGCUCCUGAGCCCCAGCAGCCAGUGCAGGCUCAGUCAGGUGUGGCAAGCAUGGGCAUGAAGGCCCAAGUUUGGUGGAUCCGGAACAAUGGCUACGAUGGCCCCGCAAAGGGCGGUGCCAAGCUGUGGGACAGUAGGCGGCGUGAGUCCAGGCGCCGCGGUGAGGAGCUCUUCCGGCACGACGUUGACAAUUUCGAGUUGUGCGUUCACAACCUCCUCGCUGCUCCGGGCAGCAACAAGCGAAGGAUUCAGCGUGGUCGUGGCAAGUACGGUCAUCACGGCCGAACCUGCGGCUAUGGAUCCACGAAGAACGGGGCUGCCAAGCGCGGACGUCGUACGCUGAACCCCGGCUACGAGGGCAACCAGAAGCCGCUGCACCUGAAGACUCCCAAGCUCACGAAAGACCAACGCGACUCCAUGAAGCAAGACCCCUACACGCCGAUUACGUUUUGGGUGCUGGCCCGAGAAUCACAGCCGAGUUUGUUGUCCAUCGCCAUUCCGGCAUUCUAUGAAGUUCAGCGCGGUGAAGUUUAUGCUGCUUGUGUUCUUGUGGACAUUUUUGCAGGUUCCUCUGAUCAUGCUCCAUCGCAGCCCCUUUACGUGGAGGCCUCUGCCAAGGUCAAAUCCAGUGCCAUUGGACUUGCUGGAGCCUUCUGGCGAUUUCGCCUGAGGGUCAAGGGCAAGUCGGGCAGGCACGCAUCAAGGAUACGCUGCAGGUCAGAGUUUGAGAAAGACGCAGAGCAGUACACGCAGCUGGUCGACUGGCUCCGUGCACGGGGAGCCUAUGUUAACCAGGCAGUCGGUCUGGUCGAGCGAGACAUAUUGGAAGACGGAGACUCACGAGCAGAGCGCGGCUGCGCAGCCACGCAAGAUGUACGAGCAGGAGAGUUGUUGCUUGAAAUUCCACUGAGCUGCUGUCUGUCUUCGGUGCCGGGAAGCUAUGACGACAUCUUGUCAGCUCUGGAGCCAGCAAUGGAACGAGGGGGAAUCGCGAAGGCCGACGUGGAACUCGCCCUGGCCGUGGCAGUCGAGCGUCAGCAAGGAGAAGCAUCGCCUUGGUGGACAUAUUUGAGGAUGCUCGACUGUAGCCACACCUUUCCACUUUUCUACGACAAGGCAGAUCUCGAAGCUUUGGAGAACAUCCCCCUGACAGAGUCACUGGAGGUAACCUCCCAAGUCAUCUCGCGGAUUGCAGAAGCCAGUGGCCUGCCCGACACAGAAUUUCGAGAAGCAAUGCAGCUGGUGAUGGGUCGGCGCUUUGGGUCCGAUACAUCCAGAGCCAUGAUGCCGAUCGGAGACCUUUUAAACCAUCGGUUUUAUCCAAGUUGCGAGUGGGAGACGCCCACUCCUGACACUCCGUGUUGGCGAUUAAAGUCCAAAAUGGACCUCUCUCCGGGUGAUUCCUUGAAUCACCUGUACUGUGAGGACCCGAACCAUCUGCUGUUGCAGCAGUCCGGCUUCAUCAUGAACGAGAAUCCUCACAACAGGAUCAUGGCCAGACCAGUGGACCUGCGAAAUGCUCUCUUCUCUGUAUGCAAUUCCAGCAGCCCUGAGGACUUUGCUAGUUUUCGCAAGGACGAGGUCGAGAAGCAGCUGCCAGAUCCAGAUGAAGAAGGGGUCGGGCUCAGCAUGUUUCUGGUUGGAAGAAGGCCGGGAGGUCUACAGUGGAACCCGCUCUGGCUUGACAUGAUAGGUUUAGCAGUCACGGAGAGCCCAGAUGCACCGCAUUGGGGAACCAGUCCUGAAGGCAUGGAGAAGUACUUGCAUGCUCUGGAGACUGCUUCGUGGUCACUGUUUCCAACCUCUCUUGAAGAGGACACGGAUGACGGGAAAUCUGUUUCAUCCAAUCUGGAAAUGGCGACAGCGCUGCGAAGGGGAUACAAGGUGGAGGCUGAUUGGACAGGGAGUGCAGCAGUUGAAAGCACAGCGUUGGACGACGAGCUCUGUGCGAAAAGACUCGAGCGCAGUUCUGCUAAUCCAGCGUGCGUCCUGAACAUGUUGGAGGAUGGUGACGAGGUGGACUACAUGGACUUGUUCAUGCGAGGACUGCCGGUCCCGUCGCGAAAAAGAUUUGACAGAGUGAAGAUCAAAGCAAAGGAAACCGACGAGCUGACCGUGAAGAAUCUCACAGUUUUCGCUCAUGCCUUCGAGCCAGCUGCUCGUGAGAAGAUUGAGGAGAAUGGUGGCAGGUGCAUUCGCUUGUCAGACGUGGGCAGCUUGCCGAUUGACGCCAAGUGGAUGAGCACGAACGAGUUCAAGGUGGGCGCCGGAGACGAUUCCAAGGAGGAGGCCGAGGGAGAGGAGGCACCCGCUGAGGAGUGA